AUGGAAGCUCACCAAAUGUCUCCCUAUGCCGACGAUGAAUAUACGGUUGGAUGGAUUUGCGCUCGUCCGAUCGAGCUGAAAGAAGGAAUAGAAGAUUACGGAUUCGGGGUUAUUCAAUUCUCAAUCGGUGACCUAGGCGGGGUGGGUGGGUUGUUACUAUUAGUAGAGCGGGGGGAGCAGGGGGUAAGAGCGGUUGUGGCUAAGGAGAUACCGGUAGAGCACAAGGCUGGGAAGAUAUUGUCGAGCUCGCUUUUUUGGGAGGAUUGGUCAUAUAUCCGCGGCUACUUUGCUCCGAUGUUCACCUUUUGUCAGGAUUCGAUAAUCGCUGCUCAGAUGAUUGUUCCAGGGGCUUCCAACUAUAGGCACAGAACUGGCAGUGGGAAAAGAAAUUCCUCAUUACGGGCAACUAUGGCUAGGGAUUACUCCCUAGAUCCCUGCCAGUUUGGCGUCUAA